CCAAGAUGCGGACUUGGGCCCUGCUGCUCCCGCUGCUCAUGGCCACAGCCCAGGCCCAGGUCUGCUCGGUGGACAAGACCGUCUUCGAAGUCAAGGAGAACACGAAUUCCAGUGAGCCCCUGCUUGACAUCUACGUCCCCGAGGGCCAGCAGGUGACCCUCGGACCCUCGUCCACCCACUUCGCAUUUCGAAUCCAGGGGACUCAGCUGUUUCUCAACGUGACCCCUGACUAUGAGGAGAACUCAAUGCUGCAGGCACAACUGGAAUGCAAAAGCGGUGACACCACGGUGACCCAGCUGAGGGUGUUUGUGUCUGUGCUGGAUGUCAAUGAUAACGCGCCCCAGUUCCCGUAUGUGGCCAGGGUCUGGAAGGUGCCUGAGGACACUAAAGUGAAUACCACCAUCAUCCCUGAGACAGAACUGGAGGCCCAGGACCUUGACAAAGAUGACAUCUUGUUCUACACCCUCCAGGAAGUGACUCUGGGUGCCAGUGACUUCUUCUCCCUGAUGGGUACAAACCGCCCAGCCCUGCGGCUGGACCAGCCCCUGGACUUCGAAAAGUGUCGGAACAUGACCUUCCAGCUGCUGGUGCGGGACACACAGGAAGAGAAUGUGGAGCCCAGCCACACGGCCACAGCCACCUUGGUCCUGGAAGUGCAGCCUGCUGACCUGCGGCCCCCCUGGUUCCUGCCCUGCACCUACUCGGACGCUUACGUCUGCAUCCAAGCCCAGUACCAGGGGACUGUGCCCACAGGCCACAAACUGCCAGGCGCCCUUGUCCUGCAGCCCGGGCCCAUCUAUGCCGUGGACGGGGACUGGGCCAUCAGCCAGCCCAUUGUCUACAGCUUCAUGAAGGGACAUGAGGACGGCACAUUCUCCAUUGAUGCCAGCACAGGCAACCUCACCAUGAGCAAGAGUGUCCCCAGCCCCAAGACCUUCCUUCUGGUGGUCAAGGGUGAGCAGGCAGACCACGGCCGGUACUCCGUGACCCAGGUCACGGUGGAGGCCCGAGAUGCCAACGGGAGCCUGCCCCGCUUCCCCGAGAGCCUGUACCGCGGCACCGUGGCACGUGGUUCUGGGGUGGGCGUGGCCGUCAAGGAUGCAGCUGCCCCUUCCCAGCCUCUGAGGAUCCGGGCCCAGGACCCUGAGUUUCCAGACCUCAACUCGGCCAUCACGUAUCAAAUCACCAACAACUCCAACUUCCGAAUGGACGGGGAGGCAGUGCUGACCAACGCCUUGCUGGUGCACACCGGCGUCUUCUAUGCAGAGGUUGAGGCCAAGAACACAGUGACCUCAGGCACAGCGACUACAGUCGUGGAGAUUCAAGUCUCAGAACAGGAGCCCGCCCCCACAGGCCCCCCCGACUCCCCCACAUCCCCAGAGACGGCCGGAACGACCAGACCCUCAAGCAGCACCACUUUGGAAGUCCCCGGGCCCCCUGCACCCUCUCAGGGGCCCUCCACGACCAGCUCUGGAGGGGGUCCUGGCCCGUACCCCUCCUCAGGCACAACUCUGAGGCCAUCUGCCUCCUCCAUGCCUGGGGGGCCCUCCAGUGCGGGAACCAGCCCCUCCCCAACACCAGCCUCACCCAGUGGGGGCUCAGCACAGACCUCGAAACCAGGAACCUCUCCGCUGACGUCCCCUGGGCCCAGCAGGACCCCCUGGUCCUCAGCAGGGACGUCUGGGGCAGGAGGAGGCAGCACUACAAACAAGCCAAGUGGGGACCAGCGCUUCUCAGCAGUGGAGAUGGCGGCGCUGGGUGGGGUGCUGGGGGCGCUGCUCCUUCUGGCUCUGAUCGCCCUCAUGGUCCUGGUCCACAAGCUCUACGGCCACCGACUCAAGUGCUGCUCUGGCAAAGCUCUGGAGCCCCAGCCCCAAGGCUUUGACAACCAGGCUUUCGUCAGCGAGGAGGCUAACUGGGCACCGGCCCCUAGCCCCUCACCCAGACCCGGCCGGCCCCCAACCCCAGAGCCUGUGACCCCGGGGCCCACAUCCCCCAGCCCUGCCACCCUCCAUCAUGUCCCCAAGUCCCCAGCAGUGGCCCGGGAUGGGGAAGACCCUGCAGCCGUCAGGUCCAUCCUGACCAAGGAGCGGCGCCCUGAAGGUGGCUACAAGGCCGUGUGGUUUGGCGAGGACAUCGGGGCAGAGGCCGACGUGGUGGUCCUCAACGAGCCCGCAUCGGAAGCAGACGGCGCGGGCGACUCAGGCAGCGAGGGCAGCGGCGAUGCGGGCUCGGACGCAGGACCGGGCAGGGGUACGGAGGACCCGCCAGGCGCCGACUCCAUCUACUUCUAGCGUGGCCUCCCCGCCUCCCCCUCUGGACCCGAGUCAGCCUGGCCCUUCUCCCCGUCCCCUCAUUGCGCAGAAUAAAGUGACAUUUUUAGAUCUG